AUGAUGAUGAUGUAUUCUCAUAGACCAUUGCUACGCACCUUUUUCAUCCUUCAUUGCUUACUGGGAUUCAAUCCUGUCUCUUCCCUGCAAGAGGAAACGGAAUUGUCGUCUUCGCUUUCCUCUGCGGCGGUGCCUUCCAGCAAUUUGAGACAACCACUUCAUUUGCAACCACAAGAAAUUACUCUGGAGAGCAUUGAUGAUGAAGAUUAUAUGAUAGCGGAAGCACGUCCAAGACGAAAACUAUGGGACUUUUGGUCGGUCAUGAUGCUGAUUCAUCCGCCCUGUCCCCCUCCAGACUCACCUCGCCAACCUCCCCACUGCCGAAACAGUGGAAGAAAUGGUUCAAAUGGAGGCAGUGGUAGUGGCGGUAGCAGUAGCGGCAGUGGUGGCAGCAGUAGCGGUAGUAGUGGAUCUUCCUCUUCUUCCUCCUCCAAUUCUGCUAACGCCGCCUCGUCGUCGUCCUAUUAUGAUGAUGGGUCUGGUGGAUCCUCAUCAUCCUCCACCAGCAGUGCCGCAGCAGCCAACAGCGCCAAUUAUCAAAGUCAACAAGAUCAAGAUGGAUUUGGAGGCCUUGGUUGGUACAUUAUCCCAGUUGGUCUAUCAUUGUUCACCACUGCCUUUGCCGUGGUGGUGGGAUCCCGUCGCAAACCACCUAAACACAAUUUGAGCGGAGCACUGAGUCGUCGAGUAGUAGCUACAGAUGCCUAUGCGGAACAUGUCCUGCCGCCAGCAGCAAUGGCUCCGGUGGUGUAA